AUGCCAAACCCAUUCUCACCACACGGCUCAAAUGGCCCAUUACGCCAAAAUGCAGUCCUACUCUCUCUUCUCGCUGCUGGCGGUGUCGGCUACUGGGUCAUCAAGUCGCGAUCCCUCAAACGCGACCAGAAAAGACAAGAACAAAUCUUCAUUGAACAGAGAAAGCACAUUGACACCACGAAGAGUGAUCAUUGA